CCAUCUCGAGAAUCCUCGAUAUUUUCAAACACAUUCCAUAACUAGAAAAUUUCCCUCUCUACUAUACCUCUCUCACUCUACUUAAUAAUGUCAAUACGGGGUAUUAAGGAUUCUUUCUGGUUGAGGGCACAAGUAUAAAGCAUGCUACACUAACUAAACUACCCUUUUUCAUUCUUCAGAGUAGGUUGAUUUUUGUUGGGAAAAAUUUGAUCUUUUUCAAAUGGGCACGGAUGAUAGCGACAGCAUGGUACUGGGUUCAUCUCCUGUGCAAGAAAGUGGGAGCGUGGUUCGAGGUUCAGAGCAGGCGAAGGAGGCUAGGGAAGAUGUUGGGGGUUUGAGAAGUGAGGAGGGAUGCGGUGGGGUUGCUGUGAAUGGGGAUGGUUUUUCUAGCAUUGAAAACCAAGGUUUGGGUGAUGAAGGGGUUGUUAAUGUUGUCAAUAAUAGUAAUGUAUUGGAGGCCAAGGUUUCGGUUGUGAGUGGAAAUGAUUGUCAAGUUUUGGCUGAUUCUGAGGUGAAUGGGGUGACCUCUUGGUUGGGAAUGCAAGAAAGUGAUAUGAGCACUGUGUUUUCUAGUGGUGGAACUGAGAAGCUGGACUAUGAUUAUGCAUCUGAGAAGAUGGACUAUAUGUUUGCUUCUGAGAUGGAAGAGACUGCUGUUUUGAGUUUGGAUGGAUCGGUUGGGGAUGGUGGAGAACAUGGAAGUGAUGGAGGUAGGAGUGGUGAGGAAGGAAAAUAUGAAGAUUGUGAUGUCGAUAAUGUCACUCUUGGUUCGGAGAGUAGAGUAGUAGAAGUAGCUGUUUUGAGUGGGGAUAGUGUGGUAGGGGCUGGUGCUGAACGCACAAUAGAUAGGAAGGAAGUUGAAGACUGUGAUGUGAACAUUGGGGGUAUUGAUACUGAGAGUAGAGGGGGGGUAGCUGCUGUCAUGAGUGUGCAUAGUUUGUUAGGAGUUGAUGGUUGUGACAGAAGAGAAGAGGAUAUGAUCGAAGAGAAAGAUAAAGACGAUGAUGGGAACAUUGUGGUUGGGUUUGAUGGGCAAGGCAGAAGAGAAGAGGAAGGUAAAGAUGAAGAUUGUGAUGGGAAUGAUGUGAUUACUACUUCUGAGAGUGGUCCAGCAGAAGCUGCUGUUUUGAUUGUGGGCAAGGAAGAUGCUAGAGAAGAAGAUAUGGGUGAAGGGGAAAGUGGAGAUGGAGACUGUGAUGGGAAUGUUGUGUCUGUGACUUCUGAUAGUAGGCUAGCAGAAGCUGCUGUUUCUGGUGUGGGUAUUUUUGUAGGACUUGGCAGGGAAGACAAAAGAGAAAAGGAUAUCAGUGAAGAGGAAGGUGGAGACCAAGACCGUGAUGGUAAUGUUGUGACCAUUACUUCUGGGAGUAGAGUAUCAGAAGAUGCUGUUUUGAGUGUUGAUAGUUUUGCAGGAAUUGGAGGACAAGACAGAAGAGAAGAGAAUACACGUGAAGAGGAAGGCAAAGACAAAGACUGUGAUGGAGACAUUGUUGCUGUUGCUUCUGAGAGUAAAGUUGCAGAAGCUUCUGCUUUAAGGGUGGAUAAUUUGACAAAUAUUGGUGGGAAAGAUACAUUAGGUGAAGACUGUGAUGGGAAUGUUGUGACUCUUGCUUCUCAGAAUGAAGUUGGAAAAGCUGCUGACUUUAGUGGGGAUAGUGUGGUAGGUCUUGGUGCAUAUGACAAAACAGUGGAGGAGUGUGAAGGCAAAGGAAAGAAAGCAGAAUGUGGUGGGAACAUUGUGACUAUUACUUCUGAGAAUAGAGCAGAAGAUGCGGCUGUUUUGAGUGUGGAUGGUUCAAAAGUGGUUGGUGUUGAGGAAGCAAAAGACGGGGGAGACAGUGAAGAGGUAGAAAAAGACAAAGAUUGUUCUGAGAACAUUGUGACUAUAGAGGUUCCAAUUGCAGAGACAAGUGAGAACAUGGAUGUAGACGUGGAGGACUUGAGCGAUGAAGGGUAUGGUUUUGCUGUUGGUGAUUUUGUUUGGGGUCAAGCUGAUAGUAAACUUUGGUGGCCUGGCCGAAUUUAUGACCCAUCUGAUGCAUCUGACGACGCAUUGAAGCUGAAACAAAAGAACAGACUUCUGGUUACCUACUUUGGGCAUGGAACCUUUGCAUGGUGUCAUCCAUCACAGUUAAAGCGUUUUGAGGAUAACUUUGAUGAUAUGGUUAAACAGAGUAGCUGCAUCGAUUUUGCCAAUGCUGUGCAAGAAGCUGCAAGUGAGGUCGGAAGGCUUCUGUCUAUGAAGCUGAGUCGUUUAGUUGUUGACCAAAAAAAAGGUUCUGAAUCUGAAUCUAUUGUCCUCUUGGAGAAAAAUUCUGGAAUCAAGGAAGGAGUUGUUGUGCCAGAAACUGGCAUAGAUAGACUUUUAUAUAGUCAAUUUGAGCCAGCAGAAUUACUUUCUCAUGUGAAUCGAAUUGCAAGAAUUAUUGAUAGUGGUAGUAGUAUUAUGGAGCUGGAGAUCUUGAAGGCUCGACUUUCUGCAUAUUAUCUGUCAAAAGGGCAUAAAUUACCUGAUUUUAUGGAUACCCAGCUGGUGCCUGGAGUUGGAGAUAGUCUAAUGGAUGAAACAGUUGCUGUGGAGAACAGUAAAAGUACUGUGGAAGCCCCGACCCAAGGACCAUUUGAUGAGUUGGGUCAUUCUCCAGGGCUUUCAGGGAGCAUAUCGAACCAUGUAAGAAAGCAGAAAAGCAUUGCUGAAAUUAUGAGGGAGGACAAAGAUGUUCAUACAGCAAGUAGGGGGGUGGAAGCAAUUGGCUCAAAUGGUGGAAAGAAGAGAAAAGGUGGUGAGGAUGGUAUGGCAUCUAAACCUGUUCAGAAGAAAAAAGAGUUGCUGCUUGUAGACACUGAUGAAGAUGUGUCAAGUGCUGAACAUUCUGCCAAGGAAAACAGUGGUAGCAUUGGCUCAUGGCUGCGGUCAAAGGAGAAGAAAGAAGUUUUAGAUGAAGGGAAGAGCGAAGAACGAAGCAGGAAGGGUAGUUUGUCUAGAGAAAGGAAGAAAAGUAAGUACUUGUCCCCUCCUUUCACUACUCCAAUCAGGGGGCAAAGGGAGGAAAGUAUGGAAGCAGAAUCCUUUACAGUAUCCAGAAAAGUUAAAGCAUCACAGACAAGUGCAGUGGCUGCUGUUCUGCAAUAUCCUCCAGUUUAUAUGGGGAGGUUUUUUGAUAGCUCAAAUUACCAAACUGAAGAAGAUGAUGGGAAAAUGGUUAUUGAUCCAGAGAAAAUCCAGGCUCCUGUGGAGGAAGUUCUGUUCCAAGUCCGUAAUGCAGCUAUUAGUCCUCAAAUUCGUAGGGAAGGCACUUCUCUUGACCAAUUUGUUGACUUCACUUUUGUCUUUAGAAGUUCAUUAUAUUCUGAAGGAUCUUUACUUGAUGUGUACGAGAAGAAUGAGCCUGGAAGGAAAAGAAAGAAGCCAGAAUCUGAAGAAGAUGGAGUGUUGAAAGAGGCUCAUAUACCAUCAGUGAAACAAAAAUCUGGGACAAAGAAGAAAAGAAAGGAAACUGCUUCAGGUAAGAAGGGGGCUGAUGAAAAUGCUGAAGGGGCGGUUCUUGUUGUUUCAUUUUGCCCAGGAACAUCUAUGCCUUCAAGAUCUGACCUUAUCUCAGUGUAUAGUAAGUUUGGAGCUCUGAAUGAAGCAGAAACAGAUAUGCUCUACAAUGACUACACAGCUAGAGUGUCCUUCCUGAGAAGUUUUGAAGCUGAAAACGCCUUCAACCAUUCUAAAAGCAAUAACCCUUUUGGAUCUUCUGAUGUCACUUUUCAGCUCGAGUAUGGACAAGAUGGUGAAAGAUCAAAGAACACGCCUUUGCUAGCAGCUACACCACCAUCAGUUUCACUGUCACAGGGUGGUGAAGCAUCCAGAUUGAUCUUUAUCCAGAAGAAGCUUCAAGGUCUGACUUUGAUUCUGGAAGCAUCAGGUGACAAAUCUCCCGAUUUGAUGGCUAAACUACAGAGUGAGGUGAAGGCUCUUCUGGAGGAUGUCAACCAAAUGGUUGAAGCUUCUCUGUUUUAGUCAUUAUUUAGCAAUGAUUAGGGUAGGUUUUGUGACUAUAUGCCCUUCUUUUUGGUUUUGUCGUUGUCUGAGGCCCCUUUUUGGGUUGACCUUGGCCUAGCUUUAUUACAUAAAGUUAGUUGGUAUAGUUUGAUGCGGGUCAUGACAUUUGGUAUUUAAUUUUAUGGACAUCGACAUCUUUAGACUUUUCAUUCUCAUGGUAGUAAUAAUCAAACAGCUUUUUCUUAUAAAAA